AUUCCUUUAUAUAUACUUGAGACCAAAUGCGUGGACUGAUUCUGAUAACUCAUACGUCAAUCCAUUCGCCUUAAUCAUGGAAGUGCUACUAAUCAACUGGUAGAAAUAGCUAUUAAACACUCAUUAUUGAAAAAAAAUAUCCAUUCUAGAAUAUCUAAUGGGUCCCGGCGGUUAUAGUAGCUUUGUUCCUUUCCUAAAAAAAUUAUAGACAAAUAGUUUUUUUUUCUCCUAUCAGUUUUUAUUUAAGGAAUUUUUUUAAGCAGCCGGGUUUUUUUAUUUUUUUAUUUAAAUUUAUGUACUUUCCUAUUCUUUCUAUUUUCGAUUAUUGGAAUUAAAAUAUGACACUAAAGGUCGCAUUACGCCCAAUGAUAAUCUUUAAACUUUAUACAAGUUCAUUGUUUAUCGUUUAGUCGCAUCUGUACGAGCAGUGUGUAAAGUCAUUCCGGCAUUAACGCCGACUGACGAUGACCAGUCUUCUUCGCAUUUAUUCAAAGUGAACUAUUAGGAACGAAACAAAAUGAUAAAAAUUACAAUUGUGAUUUGCACAAUACUUCAAAUAUAUGUUAUGGCUGACAAUAGCGUGCCCCGAGUUUGUAUUAUUGGAGCGGGUAUUGCAGGGCUGACUUCCGCAAAAUACUUAAAAGAAGAAAGAAUUAGCUUCACAGUUUUAGAAGCUACAAAGUACAUUGGUGGUACGUGGCGCUAUGACGAAAGAGUUGGUGUUGAUGAAAAUGGAUUACCAAUACAUACAAGCAUGUAUAAACAUCUAAGGACAAAUUUGCCAAAACCGACUAUGGAACUCCUUGGUUUCCCGAUUCCGAAGGAGUAUCCUUCAUUUCCUACGCGGGAAAUGUAUUUUAAUUAUAUCAAAGCAUAUGCGAAAUUGUUUGACUUGGAGAAGUACGUUAAGUUCUUGCACUAUGUGGUACAUGUAAAAAGAUUGCAAAAUAAAUGGAGAGUGAAGUAUAAACAUAUUUCUUCACAAGCUGAAUAUGAGGAAGACUACGAAUACGUUAUUAUUGGAAGUGGUCAUCAUAGUACUCCCAAUAACCCAAUUAUACCAGGAGAAAAAAUAUUUAAAGGCACUAUUAUACACAGCCAUGACUACAGAGUACCCGAUCCGUAUAAAUACCGUCGAGUGCUGAUAGUAGGUGCUGGGCCUUCCGGCAUGGACAUAAGUUUGGACGUAGCAGAAGUCAGCAAAACCCUCGUGCACAGUCAUCAUUCGAAGGUGAAGUUCAAUACUCCAUUCCCGCCACAUUAUAUCAAAAAACCAGACAUAAAAGAGUUCAAUGAAACGGGUGUCACCUUCAUUGAUGGGUCGUAUGAAGAAAUCGAUGAUGUUAUAUAUUGCACAGGAUAUCAAUACAGCUACCCAUUUCUAGAUGAAAGUAGCGUAUUAACAAUAACUCCACAAAGUGUUACACCAUUGUAUAAAUAUAUGGUGAAUAUAAACCAGCCAAGUAUGAUAUUUAUGGGAUUAAUAGUACGAGCAUGUAUAGUUGUUGCUAUCGAUACACAGGCUCGGUAUGCAACAGCCCUGAUAAAAGGAAAUUUUACUCUACCAUCGCGAAAAGAAAUGAUGGCCGAAUGGCAGCGCUCGGUGGAUGCAUUGCGAUCCAGUGGGAGACCAAUAUCUCAUAUACAUUUACUAGCCGAAAAAGAAGACCAAUAUUAUGAAGAGUUAACCAAUCAAUCUGGCAUAAUGAGGGUCCCACCGGUGAUGUUCAAAAUCCGCACUUUAGAUACGCAAGCGAAAUUAGAUAAUUUGUAUACAUAUAGAAACUACACUUAUGAAGUUUUGGACAAUGAAAACUUUGUGAGACGUCUCGAAACAACCUAAAAAAACCUAUAGUACACAUAAUAUAAUAUUAGUUGACGCUGCUAACAGCUGUAGCAAAAAAAAAUCAAACCCUAGUAAAGGGGACCUAAAUUUGUGCCCAAUUUUCUACCUUGGUCGUUUGUACUAAGGUACAAAAUUUAAAGAAACAUCUUUAAUUAUACUUAAAAACACAAUAGAAAUUAAAACAUUCUAUAGUAAUGGGUGAAAAUCUCAAUUAAAGUCUUUUGAAAAAGGGAUCUGCGUAUAAAGAAACGUUAUUACCUAGACACAAAUUGUAAUUGUUUAACAGAUGACAGCUAUUACUAUUGGCUUAAAUUCAUUUCCCUGGUUGUAAUUGAAUGUAUCAAUAAUCUCGUGACUGUUUUCGUCACAUUGUUACUAUGAAUAUGACAGUAGUAUAUAAAUCGUCUUCAUUCACAGCCCUUCAGCCAACCCUUUCAGUUAUUUUGUGUAUGUGUAUUUUGAUGGGUUUGCAAUAUAAUAUUUUGUUAUAUUAUUUGCCGAUCAGGUUGAUUUUUUUAUGAUUGCGGAGCUUAAUUAAAUGAAUUGAAAGAAGAUACACAUUCACCAUCAUAUAUUUUUGUGUUACCAUUAAUUUUAAUAUUUAGAGGACAUUUUAUGUGGAACAAGUGGAUACUAAAUUUCAUUUAUAUUUUUAAUGAACUCGGCGUACAAAUUUUCUACAUAUAAAUGUAUACAAUUGAACAGCAGCGGCACAAAGUACGUAACGAGAACUAAAAAUCAGUACACAUUUGACAAUGUCAUUUCGGACUCGCAAACGAUACGAAUUCGAUAUUGAUUCGUGCUAGGGCUACUGGCACUUUCCAUAAAUGACGCUGUUGAUACGAUCUAUAAUCUAAACUUAAAUUAGAAACGUAUUUUGCACGACGCAUAUCUUGCAUUGAGUUGCGUACUUUCAUAUAUGUAUUUUAAAAAAAGGUA